AUGAGUCAGAUACCAGGAGAGGAGUUAAAUAGAACAACUGCCCCACGUCCAGAUCUGGCUCCUUGUACCACCUGCGGAAGACGUUUUGCACAGGAUGUUCUGCUGAGACAUGAUCCAAUAUGCAAGAAGGUCUUCAACAAGAGGCGCCAGCCCUUCAGCUCUGAGCGGCAGAGGCUGCGGGGAACGGAAAUCGUCGCCGUGCAGAAGCAGCCCUCGCACGAGAAACAGCCAGGGAAGAAAUCUAACUGGAGGCAGCACCAUGAGGAUUUUAUUAAUACUAUUCAAUCAGCCAAACAGGUCACAAAAGCUCUAAAGGAGGGCCGCCCUCUUCCACCUCCUCCCCCACCAAGCAUCAAUCCAGACUAUAUUCAGUGUCCACACUGCUCCCGAAGAUUUAACGAGGCUGCAGCACAGAGGCACAUCAAGUUUUGUGAAGAACAAGCUGCCCGCCGUGCCUUUGCUGCAAAGACCACCAGACAGGCUUUGGGCAAGCAGCCGGCGACUCCGAGAACACCCCCAACCUUACCAACUGCUGCGUUAUCGCUCCAGAAGAGGGCACAAGGAGGUGCCAACGCAGACAGACCUGGGCCAGAGACCCCUCCAGGAAUACUGCAGAAAACCAGAAAAUCUUUGGGUGUACCUACUGGAAAAAAAUCUUCAGGCAAGUUUGGUGAGGAAGAUGCCAGCAUCCAUUUCAACGAUGCAGUCAGUGUUGUUCCCACCCUGGGCCAUGCAGAGCCAUGUCAGAGCCGCGAGAAGGGCGUCCAGCCGCUGCUUAAGGUGGUUGUGGUGCUGUGGUGCAAGUGGAUGGUUCUGAUGAUCAGCAUCUUGCACUCCUGUGAGAUGCACACAACUGCUGAGUAUGAGAUCCUGGGAGGCAAUGUGGCCAAGAUGGAUUCCCUGUAG